CCGUUGCCGUGUGUGGCUUGUGCGACUCCCGCCGUCUAUUCUAGCAGCCUUGCGUCCGAACCACCUCCGUCACCAGCCCGUAUCCGCCUGAUCACGGACAGCAAGUCUCUUAGCCCACAGCCGGUUUCCUAGAGAUAAACACCGAGGCUACGCAAUGGAACUACCAUGACGUUCCGAAUCUUCCUCCGAUCUUUCGCCCUUAGGCCAAGUGCCUCCCCGGCCGCUGCCCCUCGCUCAAUCCGCACCUUUACCUCCUCCCAGUCCGUCCUUGUGAAAGCUCUCCCGCCUCGACCCAAGCCACCGCCGGAGUCUGAGAUUGAGGAAUCAUAUGUCAAGGGCAGCGGCCCCGGUGGGCAGAAGAUUAACAAAACCAAUUCGGCCGUCCAGCUAAAGCAUAUCCCCACCGGCAUUGUUGUCAAGUCACAGGCGACCCGCUCGCGUGACCAGAACCGCAAACACGCCCGUGAGCUGCUUGCUCAGUACAUCGACGACUUCCAUAAUGGUGACCAGAGCCGUUCUGCUAUUGUAGGCCAGGUCAAGCAGAAGAAGGCCGCAAGUGCCAGCAAGAAGAGUCGAAGGAAAUAUAAGAAGAUGGAGGAAGAGAAGGCUGCGGCUGCGACUGGAACUACGGCAGAGGCCGGGGCGUCUGAAUCUCAAGUCCUAGAAGGCGAGUCGGCUGGAGAGCAUGUACCCAACAGCCAGGUAGAGGAUCCUGUAGAGAUUACAGAAAACCGAAUAUGACCUUUUCAAGCGAGUCUUGUCUACAAACGCAUCGUGGCUUUGGAUCUACCGCUGGUCAAGCCAGAAACCGGC